AUGCCCAGCUCCACUGCGAUGGCAGUUGGCGCGCUGUCCAGUUCCCUCCUGGUCACCUGCUGCCUGAUGGUGGCUCUGUGCAGUCCGAGCAUCCCGCUGGAGAAGCUGGCCCAGGCGCCGGAGCAGCGGGGCCAGGAGAAGCGCGAGCACGCGUCUCGGGACGGCCCGGGGCGGGUGAGCGAGCUCGGGCGCCCCGCGAGGGACGAGGGCGGCAGCGGCCGGGACUGGAAGAGCAAGGGCGGCCGGGGGCUCGCCGGCCGGGAGGCGUGGAGCAAGCAGAAACAGGCCUGGGCCGCCCAGGGCGGGGGCGCCAAGGCCGGGGACCUGCAGGGCCGGCCCCGCGGGGACACCCCGCAGGGGGAGCCCCCGGCCGCCGCCCAGGACGCGACCGGCCCGGACCUCGUGCCCACGCCCGAACCGCCCGAGGAGUACGCGUACCCGGACUACCGCGGCAAGGGCUGCGUGGACGAGAGCGGCUUCGUGUAUGCCAUCGGGGAGAAGUUCGCGCCGGGCCCCUCGGCCUGCCCGUGCCUGUGCACCGAGGAGGGGCCGCUGUGCGCGCAGCCCGAGUGCCCGCGGCUGCACCCCCGCUGCAUCCACGUCGACACGAGCCAGUGCUGCCCGCAGUGCAAGGAGAGGAAGAACUACUGCGAAUUCCGGGGCAAGACCUACCAGACUCUGGAGGAGUUCGUGGUGUCUCCGUGUGAGCGGUGCCGCUGCGAAGCCAACGGGGAGGUGCUGUGCACCGUGUCGGCGUGUCCUCAGACGGAGUGUGUGGACCCCGUGUACGAGCCUGACCAGUGCUGCCCCAUCUGCAAAAAUGGCCCGAACUGCUUUGCGGAAACAACUGUCAUCCCCGCUGGAAGAGAAGUCAAGACUGACGAAUGUACCAUAUGUCAUUGUACUUACGAGGAAGGCACGUGGAGGAUCGAGAGACAGGCCAUGUGCACAAGGCAUGAGUGCAGGCAAAUGUAGAAACGGGACCACACACACACACACAAAAACAAAAACAAAAAAAACGGACGUUUUUCUAGAACAUUUUACUGACGGGAACAUUCUAGAUGACUCUGGGGAAUAGCAUUCAACAGAAGACUUUUGAUGAGGAAUACGGAACAUGGUUGGUACUUUUGCGUUUCUUGCUAACAGUUACUGCAAAAGAAGGAAAUGGGUAUAUUUCAAAACAUCCACAAGAACUUUGGGCAUAACCCCCCCCUAAAUAAAUGUGCUAUUUUCACAGUAAGUACACCG